AUGAAGUUACUAAAAUUUUUACUUCGCUAUUUUCCGCCAGGUAUAGCUCUUGAGUACCAGCAAGGCGGAAAUAUCAAAACGAAGAUGAUAGAUCUUUUGGAUUUGACUGCUAAUACGGACGUUAAAGCUCUAGCUGAGAGUAUAAAAGCUGCGGAGCCGAUCAUAACCGAUGGUGUAACUGAGCAGUUGGUAGAAACAUUGCAGAAACUUCAGUCCAAGGUCUGCGAUGGAAAUUUUAAACGUUACUACAAGUACAAGACCUUGCAAACUCAUCUGCUACCUCUGACAAACAUCGCGUUUGAUAAAUUAGGUAAAAGAUGCCUGACGGGCAGCUAUGACCGAACUUGUAAAGUUUGGGACAUUGACAGUGGAACGGAGCUUCUUACUCUCGAAGGCCACAAGAACGUAGUGUACGCAGUAUCCUUCAAUAAUCCUAAGGCGGACAAAAUAAUGACCGGAUCUUUCGAUAAGACUGCAAACAUAUGGUGCUCUCAAACUGGCCACUGUUUGCUCAGCAUGUGGGGCCACGAUGCAGAAGUUGUGGUUGUUCAAUUUUCGCCAACACAAAACCGCGUUGCCACUGCCUCGAUGGACGCCACAGCAAAAAUUUUUCACUUAGGAUCUGGUCAAGAAUUAGGUACUUUAAAAGGACACACUGCCGAGGUGAUAGCUCUUCGUUACAAUAACGAUGGUAAUGAGAUAAUCACAGGUGCGUUUGAUGGAACUAUAAGCGUUUGGGACACUCGAACCAUGCAACGGACGAGCGUCUUGAUAGGUCACUACGAAGAAAUAUCGAACUGUCACUAUAAUUUUGACUGUUCGCUGAUCGCUUCGUCUUCCAUGGACAAAACUGCCAAGAUUUGGGAUGCCCGGAUGAAUUCUUGUCUUGCAACGAUUCGCGGUCACGAUGACGAGGUUUUGGAUCUAAGCUUCGAUAACAAGGGUAAAAAACUAGCAACUGCCAGCAGCGACGCCACUGUUCGAGUUUGGGAUCUUUCUGCUAACUUUGAACAAAUCGCUGUCAUGUCUGGACAUCGUGAGGAGGUAUCUAAGGUGUGUUUCAGUCCAAACGGCCAUCAAUUAUUAACAUCAUCGAUGGACCGAACCGCUCGUUUGUGGUCUCUUGAAACCGGAUGUUGUGUACAGACGCUGAAUGGCCAUACCGACGACGUUUUCAGUUGCGCAUUUUCAUACACCGGAGACACAAUAGUAACUGCAAGUAAAGAUAACACUUGCAUGAUCUGGAGGUGACUCGAUUGGUUCCAGGUCGAUGCCUCGUAGCUCUUCGAUCCUGGUCAACGUCUAUGAAUGUCUAUUUCCUGUAGUGAAUAUAGCGAACUUUCAUAGUAAAGUAAAGCGAAAUGUAAGUCAGCAACAAUGAUCUGAUUUAAAAUUCAACCAAGUGGAAGUAUAUUUAACAUACUUCUGUACGUGGAGUCAUAGAAGAAAUAAUUAACUAUAGUUACACAGUCCAUAAUGUCUCUAGGUGUAGUAAGUUUUGAAAAAAACAUUCGUAUAGUUAUAAUUCCUAUCCCAAGCACAGCUGUGCUUAAAGAAAUAUGGCGCUGCGUGAAUGUGUAACCAACUGAUCGUUUCAGCCUCAGUUUUAGCUA